UCUCUCCCUUUACCAGUCAUAGUACAAACAUUUAAAGUACCAACUUUAACCUCCACUCUCCUCCACUUCUCCUUUUCCUGCAGUCUCUGUAGAUGUCUUCCUCCUCUCUGUCUCCUCCUUUAGCCAACAUUAGCCCAAUUUCCUCCUGUACUUGUGGCGGUCGUUGGUAACCCAGGAAUGAAAUUCUGUGUUGUGAUCCAAAUAUUUAAUUUAGCACAUGUUUUAUGCUGAAAGCCUUUUUCAACGCAACCCUUCCCAUUUAUUCAGGCUUGAGACUGACACUAAGAGUGCACUGGCUUGUGCAACCCUUAUGGCUGUUUUGUGGAGGCAUUUCCGGGAUGCCAAUGUAAAUCAUUUUACAGGGCUGGGCUUGUCAGUAAACGCAUGAAUUUACUGCUUGACAGGUGAAAAAAUAUUGACUUAUACUCCCAUUAACUGAUGAUCCAAGCUUGUGGCUAUAUAAGGUUGUACAGGGCAACAUCUGAAGCAUAGGACAAAAAAGUAUUUGUCUUUUGAUGGAAAAUUGUUGAAAAAGCUAUCUUGUCUGACAGCAAAUAAUUAUUAAUAGAAACUGUGAUUUCCAGCUUUCUGUCUCAAAGAUUUAGCACCGGCACGAAUGAAAGCCAUACUGUAAUACUGUAUUAAAUGGCAUUUAAAGUGAAAAGAAACUGAAACUCUUCUGACUGAUUAUGCAUAUCUCCUCCUAUAUAGUAGCUCUUACCUCCGGUAUGCCUGUAGCUCCUAUUCAUUUUCAUUUUGCUUCAGACGAGUAUCUCAUCUUCAACUGACCUUUCAAAAUGGUGCGAGGCCCACCUCUAAAGAAACUGAGAGAUGAUGAUAUGGAAAGCUUAAGAUCACCAGAUUUUCCUCCAGAUGCUAUCCAGGAGAAGCUACCCUGCAAUAAAGGUGGCCCUGUAGUAGAAGGUACUAUCUCUCAUGAACUCGACCGAUGGAUCAGGCAGCGAGGCCGAGACUUACGGCUACGCCAGGCUGACCGCCAGGCUGCUGUGAAACUGGUCAAUAAUCUGAGAAAGGAUUUAUUAAAAUUCCUGAAGGAAAGUGAUGAACAACCUUUUUUCAGGGAUGUUUCUGUUCUCAAUAGUGGAAGCUACUAUGAAUUAGUGAAGAUUAAUAAACCCGAUGAGUUUGACAUCAUGUUGAAGCUUAAAACACCCCGAAUUGAGUGGAAAAAGCUAGAUAAACAUAAUGGGCUUUUUUAUUCAAUUUCCCUUUGCCGACCUCCACGUGGUGAAAUCCGAGCCUUCGUCUUAGAGGAUGGACUCACUAUCUCAGCCUCAAAAAUAAUGAAUGAAAUGCACCAUCUGGUUCAGAAAUUCAUCAAACUGCAUAAAGUGCCUGCUGAUGAAGGUCGCUGGGUGGUGUGCAGGAAAAAGAUAAAUUCUCCAGCUGUGACUCUGGUAUUCCAGGAUGCAAAAGAGGGGGCAGAAAUAUUGUCUAUGGAUAUUGUUCCUAGUCUUGAGGUGCCACAAGGCUGGCCAAAAGAUGCACGAGCUGGCCCGGAUGUGGACAACUGGCUUGGGAAGAACAAUCGGCGCAAAUUUGUCGGAGAGCCUGUUUACUUUGUCCCAAAGAGACCCAAAACACGAAACCUCACAGCUGUUGAAAAAGAGAGCUGGAGAAUAUCAUUCUCUCAUAUUGAAAAAGAGAUGAUUCGGUACCAUGGCAACAAAAAGACAUGCUGUGAGAAUAAACAAAAUGAAUGCUGCCGAAAACUGUGUUUGCGGCUCCUCAAGAGCCUGCUUAAGGGACUUAAGGAGAAAUACCCCAAAGAGCUUGAACCUCUAUGCUCCUACCAUGGGAAAACUGUUUUCUUUUACAAUCUCUGUGAAAGAUUUGAAGACUCACUGUGGACCCCUGGCCAACUCUCAGUCUGCUUUGUGAAACUUCUGUGGCACUUUGAGCAUGCUGUAAAAGAUGGCUCGCUUCCCCACUUCUUUGUUCCAGACCACAAUCUGUUUUCUCCAUCCAGUUUCCCUAAGCGUUCUCUCCAGUUUCUAGGCAAUGCUUUGCGAGAGCAAAUAGAGUCAGGGCUUCCUCUUUUAAAGGUCCAAGAUCCACUACAUCCUGCCAUUGAACUGCAGCCUCAACCUAUCACACUUACAGUACAAAAAUGUGGCGCUGUGGCAAGUGGAAGCAGCUAUUUCAGAAAAAUGCUGACUGUAGCUUGUGCUGUUAUGUUUUUGGCUACCGUUCUUGCAUUUUAUGUAAAACCAUAACAACUACAUUUAGUGUAGAUGGCAUUGCAAUACUGUUAAUGCUAUUUAAAAUGUCAUUUUUUAAACAAUGGAAUCAGCUUAAAAAAAAACAUUUUUUUACGUGUUAUGAUUUAAAUAAAUAUAUUUUUUUACUUAUGUGCAAUUAAAGGGUUUUUAAGGUUUUUUUAAACUGCUUUUUUAUUGUCAUGGCAGCACAGUGGAGCAGUGUCUAGAGUUGUGGCCUCACGGCUCUUGGAUUCUCAAGCUGCAUGGUAUUUCUGUAGGUGUUAUCUGUGUUUAUGUGAGUUUCUUCCCCAUCCCAAAAACAUACCAGUAUGGGUUUGGUUACUCUAAUGUAUGUAAAUGGACUAGCAUCUCAUUCAAGGUUCUCAAAAUAAGUUCCGGUUUUUACCAUAACCCUAAAAAGAAUAAAUUAUAUUUAUUUUUAAAUUACUAGUCUGAAAAAAAUUCUGUUUCAUCUUCAUUUUAUGUGAAAUUAUGUAUAAUGAGUAAAUUGUUUGAUUGCCUGAUUUAUGUACUACUCAUACACUAUUACUUCAUGUACUACUAAUGUAGUGUUUAUUAUAUCUUGGUCACCAUAAAAGUAAUAUUAAUUUCUUGCUACAGUAAUAACUGUGGAAUAAAAAAUAAAACCAC